CAUCUAUAUUGACACCCGUUUAGGGAAUCAUCGCUAAGGGAGAGGAAAUGCCGUCUGCUUUGUCCUUCUUGUUGGUAGCCCUAACCCAAGCACCAUCUAUCCCCUAAAUCCCUUGCUCUCGACCGUCGCAACCGAAUACAUAUAAUGGCCUUCGCCCCCGCCUCGAUAUGAUAGCAUCACAAACGCCGAUAUUAUCAAUCCGCCUCCCAAUCGACAAAGCAUGUAUCCAAGAAACAAUAUCAAUCAACGCUUUCACGGAAUGCAAGCUUCGCUCGCUCGUCGGAGAUCUUCACCUUGUCCUCCUUGAGGCAUUAUCGUUCUGACAUGGUCGACGCGCGGUUGGCGAGUCAGCAGCCCCGCGCCGCUGCCCCUGAGGCCCUGAGGCUUCCCGGCGUCGGGCCCAAGGCGCUCCUCGACAAGCUGAACAUCGACGCGGUGGCCGACCAGCCCAGCCUCCUCAUCCCUUACAACGUCACCGACAACACCUCACCCAACCUCGGGUCCCUGUCCGACCCCACAUACGCCGCCGAAGCACAAAGACUCUACGACGAAGAGAAGACCGGCCCCUACCGGGAGUCGGGCGGUGUGGUGGAUUGGGAGAUGAGCGUGUACGAGGUCGGCGGGUUGAGCGUUGUCGAUACGAGCUAUUGGCCCCAUGGUGCUUACCUCGGCGCCGACGGCGACGACGCUCAGUCUACACCUAGCCUGCUGUAA